AUACGUCGUAAAAGGCACUCCAGAUGAAAAUCAUGUUUGUUUUGACUGUAGUUUGGACCUUUAGUCUUCAGGGAAUUAUUUCUACAGAAAUGUCGGAUGGAUCUGCACUGGAUGUUGGAGAGGUAAAACGUCUACUGCUUCCUAACCCGGAUGUUGUAGGAGCAAGGUUAGCUGAACUGGACCGAGCCAGCCAGGAAAUGAAGAAACAGAUGGCAGAAUUGAAAGAGAAUAUGAUAUUAACGACAAAUACAAUGGCCCAAGUAAAAACGCAGCUCUCACAGGAGAAGACAAUGAACGACAACUUGAUGUCUUCUUUCACCCAACUGCAAUCCUCUUUCGAUCAAGAAAAGGCAAAGCGUGUCAAUUUAGAAGCUGUCACAUCCCAGAUUUCAGCAUCUAUACAAAAAGUUUCCGAUUAUGGUUCCACAUACACACGUUGGGGACGGAAACAGUGCUCUGGAAUAGAUACUGAUCUUGUAUACACAGGUUUUACUGCGGGACAGAGUCAUUUCGAUAGCGAUUUCGGCACUCGUUUUGGUGGUGCAUCAAAUUUGCUAUGCCUUCCAAAUAAUCCAGAAAUGAGUAACAAAUCUGCACCUGGAUAUAGCUAUUUGUAUGGUACCGAAUAUCAGCAAACAUUCUUUGGAUCGGGAGCUGUUGAUGAAGAUGUUCCUUGCGCUCUUUGCAGGAGUAAACAUACAUACUCGUCUGUCAUGAUCCCUGGUAGGAAGUCGUGCUAUUCUGGAUGGAAGUUAGAAUAUUAUGGAUAUAUAGCAUCUGACUCGUAUACUCAGAAAGCGUCAUCGUUUAUCUGUGUUGAUGCGAGCCCAGAAUUCGUACAAGGUGGCAAAGCGAAUAAAGAUGGGAGUCUUUUGUACGGUACUGGUACAAAAUGUGGUUCUUUACCGUGUCCACCGUAUGAUAACAACUUUGCUGUAUUAUGCGUGGUUUGUUCAAAAUAA